GUCGGGGUCACUUGCGUGUUUCCCAUCGAUUUGGCCAAGACCAGGCUCCAGAACCAGAGGCAAGGCCAGCAAGUCUACAAGAGCAUGAUGGACUGCCUCAUCAAAACAGUACGAUCUGAGGGAUACUUUGGCAUGUAUAGAGACAUGGGUCCCCGCUGGGAUAGUGAAGGCUAGCCGAUAAGGCGCAGCCACGCUGGAGGCAAAUCAUUUAUCAUGGUUCUUACUCACUCUGCUCUAUUACAAUUAGGCACCAAUUUUUGUUUUAUUUAUACAUAAUUGUUGAAUUUUGAUCUUUUCGUUUUUGCUUCUUGUUUCUUUUGUAGUUUCUUUUAUUUUUUUUCUUCUUCCUCCUCCUCCACUUUCUUCACUGUCUUUGCUCUCGUCUCAUUCAGUACUAACCCAUGUUGCCUUGUUCUGUUAACAGCUAGAAAGUUUUGUUGGAUAUUCAUCACUUACACUCAUUAUCUGCUUAGUCUUUUUUUUUUUUUUUUUUUAAAGGUUUUUAAAGGCUUUUUAUUUCAUUGAUUCAUGUUGAAAAACUGCUGUGCUUUGUCUUUUAAAGACAAAGAAAUAAAUUAGGGCUGAGCAGUAUGAACACAUUCUAUACAUUUUUUUUUUUCAACCCAAAAUAUCUUUCAUAAUUGAUUUUUAAAAGAUUCGUUGUUAAAGAAACUAUAAAAAAAAUUAAAGUUACUUAGUCUUCUUUUUUAAUUUUUUGUUUAUAGAUUUUCUUAGCAUGUGAACUUGAAUGCAUGUCAAAUUCUGUAAAGUGGAUUUAAUCACUACAUUUAAAACCUAGACUCAAUACAGUACAUCAUGAAUAAAAUAGAAAUUAAAUUAAAAUAAUUACAGACCUCACAAAGUGCUUUUCAAUGUAAUGUUUUUGGCAUUUUGGAGAAUAGGCUGUAUUUCUUAUUUACAAAUUAAACGCAGCAAAAUCUACCUGCUGACAUGUUUAUUUUCUAUUAUUUCCCAUUAUGCUGCACAGCCCUAAAGUCGAUCUCUUUCUGGAAUGUGCCUGCAUUCAUUUUUGUUCCACUACAUUUAUCUGUAUAUUCUAUCCAUAUUUUUUCUGUCCACUCUGUUUAAAUACUAGUUAAUUUUUAUUUUUUGGUUUUGUUCAUGUUAUGUAAAAUCCCCCUCCAUCAUCAGCUCAAAGUUCUCUCAUAAGCUUAUAUUCUUACAGUCUAAGUAGCUUUUUCAUCUGUUUGAAUGGUAUUUGAUAAGGUCAUGUUGUAGAUGUAUCUCUGGUUUGAUGGUGGUGGGGAAUGUGUUUGCUGAUCCGUGGUCAGUUGUGGUUUUCUUUAACCCUCUGUUUGUUUGUCUUUUAGGUGCUGCAGUUAAUCUUACACUGGUCACUCCUGAGAAGGCCAUCAAACUGGCUGCCAAUGACUUCUUCCGCUGCCGCCUCUCCAAAGAUGGAAGGGGGCUGACUGUAUUUAGAGAGAUGUUGGCUGGAUGUGCUGCAGGCAUGUGUCAGGUUAUCAUCACUACUCCAAUGGAGAUGCUGAAAAUUCAACUACAGGAUGCUGGAAGACUAGCCGCUCAGCAGAGAAAACCAGGCAUCAUUCCUCCUAACAGACUGGUGACCACAAACGCAGUGUUGAGUCGUUCCUACAACGUGCUGCCCAACACCUCAGCCAGGGCUGUAUCUGCCACCCAGAUUGCAAGAGAGCUACUGCACAAUCAAGGCAUUCAGGGGCUCUACAAAGGCCUUGGUGCGACUCUGUUGAGAGAUGUACCCUUCUCGAUCAUCUACUUCCCUCUCUUUGCAAAUCUGAACAAGCUGGGUAAGCCCUCUCCUGAUGAAGCUGCACCAUUUUAUUGGUCGUUCAUCUCUGGAUGUGUCGCAGGCUCCACAGCUGCUGUUGCUGUUAACCCGUGUGAUGUGAUUAAGACGAGGCUGCAGUCUCUGACCAAAGGAGCCAACGAAGAAACCUACAGUGGCAUAAUUGACUGUUUCAGUAAGAUCAUGAAGCGAGAAGGUCCGUCCGCUUUCCUGAAGGGAGCGGGCUGCAGGGCUCUAGUCAUCGCGCCACUGUUCGGUAUCGUACAGGUCAUGUACUUUAUCGGCGUGGGAGAGUUUAUCAUGAGCCAGUCCUCCCUAAAGCUAAUCUCUGACUGAACAGACCCCAGUACCUCUCAGACUGUGGCAGCUACACAACCAACUGUACAUUUUACAAGAGAAGAUAAACAUUAAUCAAGAUGGUAGAGUUGUCGAGAGAGCGGCAACUUCUGCUCUGGUUCCUGUGAGUUUUUUCCAGCCUUACCGCACUUCCUCUAUGGUUUACAGGCUUAUUUGAUGGGCUGUGGCCAGUGUUUUGCACUUGUUGGUAAGGAUACAUCUGGAGGAGAGCGCUUAAAACGUGCUUACGUUUUUUUGAAACAUAUGUGAAGGGUUCCCCUCAAUGAGGGAGACUUGUGUCAUUGUAAUGACACUUAAUGUUUUACUUUUCAUCUAUCUACAAUUCUUUUUUUUUCAGUCACUUUCUGUUCCUGUCACUGUUUUCAGUGUCUAAAUAAUUGGGUUACCUAAUGCUUUUGAAGCUGCAAGACUUUAACUCUAAUUUGUUCAGUUUUAGGGAAUGUCUUUUGUCUUUAAUUCCAUUUCGUUCCAUCAGCUGCGCAUCUUGCUCAUUUCAGUUUUUGAGCUGAUUUUGGUAAAGGUGCGCUCUAAACUUCAGUAUGCGAUGACUUCCUAAAACGACAUUUGCUGCAUAUCGUAUUUAUGCAAAAAAAAAAAAAAUUGUCACUUUGAAGACGUGCGUUUAUUUUUCUUCUGUUACAUGGACCAGCAUGUGUUACAACUGUAGCUUCCAGGGAUUUCUGAUCCCAUAGUCUAGGUCAUUUUCACGUCAUGUUUGCCUUAAAUUUUAAUAUGCAAGACAAACUCUGCACAAAGUUUGAGGGACCUGGCCUUGAGCAAAAGGCUGUAAGUGCUGUGAUGUUUGACAGUAUUAACAUCUUCCUACAAUGACACCUCAAUGCAAAAUGUAUUAAUUUCUGUUUAAUGCAAUGGUCUAAUUCAAUAUUACAAAACCUGAAUAAAAAAUAAAUCAAA